AUGGAAUCGCAAGCUCACGAUCGGACGGCGGCGCCUGCCUCGCUGCUGGCCCGGCUGUACGCCGGUGUGGCGGUGACGCUGGCACUGCAGCUCUACCGACUCCUGAUCCUCGUCGGACGCUUCCACGCCCACUGUCUGGCCACGCGAUCCUUUUCGAGCGGAGGCAGCGCCAAGCAGCGCGAAAAGGUCGAGACGUACCCGCAAGAGGCGCUCUUCGGCUACGACUGGUACGUGUGGCGCUUCAUGCUGCCCUUCAUGUGGCGCGCCGAUACCGAGCUCCCCGCCCAGAUGUACGAGGCGACGAUCGGCCAGCGCACCAUCGAGAUAGGGCCGGGCUCGGCCUACUUUCCACGGCGCUCGGCGGCGCUGCGCCGGCUGGCGCAGAGGUCGCUCGUGGCAUCGCCGGCGGCGGCGGGCGCACGGCUGAGCUACGACCUGCUCGACCUCAACCCCAUACCUUUGCAAUACAGCCACGCACGCCUCGAGCGUCUUUGGUCGGACGUUGCGCGCGGCGUCUCGGGCGCGGGACUCGUGCCCCACCCCCCCACCGUCGAGGCGUAUCCUAACACGCGCAGGCUCGCUGCAGACAUUACCAGCCUCGAGCAGCUGCAGAGCGUGCUGGCGGCCAAGGGUGUCGAACAACUGUACGACACGCUCGUCGCCAACCUGGUCAUACACUGCAUCCCCUACGCCGCCGUCGCCGACCGGGAAAAUGGCCACGAGCUCGCCAGACGCAAGAUGGCCGCAAUCCUCACGGGAAUGGCGAGCCUGCUUGCGCCCGCCGGUUCGCUGGUCGGAUGUACUGUGCUAGGCCCCAGAUGCGCCGGUUGGACGCACGACAGCGCCUACUCGGAGGCGGCGGCCAUCGACGCCAGCGCCAUGCUCCGUCGUAUUGGCAUCUUUGCCAACGAGUACGACACGCUCGACGCCUUCACCUACGGCGCCAAGCUCGCCGGCUUGGAGAUCAGUGUCGCUCGCGUCACGGGCAACCUGCUCACCUUCCACCUCGUCAAUUCCAAGCCUCGCGACGCGAAACCUUAG